GAACCAAUGUGAUGAAUUCCAGGCGAGCUGCGCCACCUUGACGGCAUUUAAUCAUUGAGAAAAAGACAGGAAACGUACUCAUUCGUUAUCCUGCUCCAGUCCCACCCCGCCUUCCCUCUGUCCCUUUUGCCUCUUGACUCUUCAUCUCUCCUGCCGUCUCCGGUGCGUCUGCUCGCUGUACAGAGCGCCGGUGUGCAUGUGUCGCGGAGCGGGGGGGAGCGCUGCACUGUUCUGCGCACUGGUUCCGCUGGACGUCACCGAAUAACGGCGCUCGACAACCGGGUAGUGGUGGAGGGGGAGACUGGACCCGGACCGGGAGCAGGACCGGGAGAAGCACCGUGGCUCUUUAUAGCCCGCUCUCCGAAAACAUGUCCGAGUUUUUUCUACUCGCCUUUCUAGCCCUAUUCUCGGGAUUAUUUCCGUGCGCCGAGCCCUCGGCAGUGUCGGGUGAGGAGAGAGAAGCCAUCUUGUGCGAUGUAGGGGAGUUUCACUGCCACGACCAGGAGACCUGUAUUCCCGAGGCCUGGCUCUGCGAUGGCGAGCCCGACUGCCCCGACGACUCAGACGAAACUUGUGCACAGGAGGUGGUGAUCAGAUGCCCCCUCAAUCACAUACAGUGCAUCGGGUCAAAAAAAUGUAUUCAUUUCAAUAAACUCUGCAAUGGGGCCAGAGACUGUGACGAUGGCUACGAUGAAGGAGUUCACUGUCGAGAGCUCCUGUCAGCCUGCCAUGAGCUCCGGUGCCGCUACGGCUGCGUCAUGACGAGAAACGGCACCUUCUGUUUCUGCGCUGAUGGCUUUGAGGUCGGCGAGGACGGGACGAGCUGCAGAGAUCAUGAUGAAUGUGCCAUGUAUGGCGCAUGCAGCCAAACCUGCACCAACACCUACGGGUCAUACAGAUGCAGCUGCACAGAAGGAUACAUCCUGCAGCCUGACAGGAUAUCUUGCAAAGCCAAACAAGAUCCUGGUGACAGCCGUCCAAUGCUUCUCAUUGGUGGUUCAGAUCGUAUUGUCAUCACCCAUCUAAAUGGAACAGGCCUCCAGCCCCUAAGGUCUCUGAGUGUAAAUGGAACACUGGCAUUAGAUUUCCAGCACAACCAGGAAAGUGUAUGCUGGGCUCUGUCUACCGAGUCCUCUGGGCAACUCCGCUGUGCUGAAAUGAGGAAUCUGCGUGGAUUCACACGGGAACAGGAAAUAAGAACACAACAAAGUUUGCAACAUGUGGAGCACAUGGCCAUUGACUGGCUGACGGGAAACUUCUAUUUUGUUGACCGUGUCACUGACAAGAUAUUUGUCUGUGACCAUGCUGGGGACACGUGUGUUACUAUCCUACAACUAGACCUGAUGAAUCCUAAAGGAAUAGCUCUGGAUCCUCUCAUGGGAAUGCUCUUCUUCACUGACUAUGGGAAUGUGGCCAAGGUGGAGCGCUGCAACAUGGAUGGCACCAACCGGACGUGGCUUGUGGAUUAUAAAAUUGAGCAGCCCACUGCUGUGGCAUUGGACGUUGUCAAGAAGCUGGUGUACUGGGCAGAUGCCUACCUGGAUUACAUCGAUGUGGUUGAUUACCACGGCAAGAACAGGCACACCAUUAUCCAUGGGAGCCAAGUGUCGUACAUUUAUGCAUUAGCUCUGUUUGAGGACUACCUUUAUGCUACCCACUCUGACCCCUCCAAAGGGAGUUCCAUUGUGGAGCUGCUACAGAUCCACAGGUUCAACCUCACAGCAGAGAGCAGGACACUAGCCAGCCUUGGGAAUACGAGAGGACUCCGUGUUUACCACAAGCUCACUCAGCCAAAAGUCAGGAGUCACGCAUGUGAAAUAGUUUCAUAUGGAAAGCCUGGUGGAUGUUCCCAUAUCUGCCUUCUGAGUGGCAGCUACAAGUCCAGAACGUGCCGCUGUCGUACUGGCUACAGUCUGGGCUCUGAUGGACAGUCCUGUAAAAAACCCAAAAACGAUCUCUUCCUGUUCUACGGCAAGGGGCGUCCCGGGGUCAUCCGAGGCCUAGAUAUGAAUAUCAAGUCCAGCGAUGAGCACAUCAUGCCAAUCGAGGACCUGGUCAACCCUCGAGCCAUCGACUACUACGCAGAAUCGGGGCACAUCUACUUCGCUGACACCACUAGUUUCCUUAUUGGCCGACAAAAAAUAGAUGGAAACAGCAGAGAGACGAUACUCAAGGAUGAACUCGACAAUGUUGAAGGAAUCUCGGUGGACUGGAUUGGGAAAAACUUGUAUUGGACCAACGAUGGCUACAGGAAGACAAUCAGCGUUGCUAGAUUGGAGAGAGCCUCCCAGACCAGGAAGACUCUGUUGGAAGGGAAUAUGUCACACCCCCGGGCCAUCGUGGUCGAUCCUCUUAACAGCUGGAUGUACUGGACAGACUGGGAAGAGGAUGAGGUCAAUGACAGCAUAGGGCGGAUAGAGAAAGCCUGGAUGGAUGGAUCCAACCGCCGCAUUUUCGUCACCUCCAACAUGCUGUGGCCCAAUGGUCUGGCACUGGACCACAGCAGCAGUACCAUGUACUGGUGUGAUGCCUACUACGAUCACAUCGAGAAGAUUCAUCUCAAUGGGACUGGAAGAAUGGUGGUGUACAAUGGAAAAGAGCUGAACCAUCCGUUCGGAAUAUCUCAUUAUCGUAAUUUCAUCUUUUGGACGGAGUACAUGAAUGCCUCGGUCUUCCAGCUGGACUUGACCACCGGCGAUGUCACUCUGUUGCGGAGCGAGAGACCACCACUAUUUGGCCUGCGCGUCUACGACGCACAGAGUCAGCAAGGAAGUCUCUGGUUAAUUUUAUCUCACCACUUUUUCUUUCCAAAAGCCUCCAGCAGUGGCUUUGAGCCACAGCGAUGUAAAAGUGACGAGUUCCAGUGCCAUAACCAGCGCUGCAUACGGGCCAUGUGGAAGUGCGAUGGAGAUGAUGACUGUCUGGAUGGAAGUGAUGAGGAGAGCCACAGCUGCUACAAUCACACCUGUCCUGUUGAUCAGUUCCAAUGCAGCAACAAUCGCUGCAUUCCCAAAAGAUGGCUUUGCGAUGGAACGAAUGACUGUGGUAACAACGAGGACGAGGCCAACACUACAUGCUCAGCCCAGCCCUGUCAGGCCGAGCAGUUCUCCUGCCAGAACGGACGAUGUAUACCUCAAGCCUGGAGCUGCGACCGGGAGGAUGACUGUGGGGAUACGACUGAUGAAAUAUCAUGCACCUUUCCCACCUGUGAGCCGCUCACCCAGUUCAGCUGUUCCAACGGGCGUUGCAUCAGUGUGACGUGGCAUUGUGAUUCAGAGGAUGACUGCGGAGAUGGCAGUGAUGAAGUUGGCUGCGUCCCGUCCUGCGCCAACACCCAGUUCCAGUGCACAAGUGGUCGCUGUAUCCCAGACCACUGGGCCUGUGAUGGUGACAACGACUGCGGAGACUUCAGUGAUGAGAACACGACCUGCAGAGGCGGAUCAGCACUGCUGCCAUCUGUGAUCGAGUGCAGUGAAGAGGAAUUCCACUGUGUCACAGAUGGAACCUGCAUCCCAGAACGCUGGAGAUGUGACGGAGACAAGGACUGUGAGGACGGGAGCGACGAGAAAGACUGCGAGGGCACCAAAAGGAUGUGCGACCCCAAGGCCAAGUUUACCUGCAAAGAUACAGGCAAGUGCAUCACAAAGAGCUGGGUGUGUGAUGGGGACAUUGACUGUGAGGACCGCUCAGAUGAAGAGUCCUGUGAGUCUGCUGUCUGCAAGCCACCCAAGUACCCCUGUGCCAACGACACCUCUGUCUGCCUCACACCUGAUAAGAUCUGCAAUGGCAAAGUGGACUGUGCAGACCGCUCGGAUGAAGGACCUAUCUGCGAUAUGUGUCUUGUAGCCAGAGGGGGUUGCAGUCACCAGUGCACUGUGGCACCAGGGAAAGGGGUUGUGUGUUUUUGUCCCCCUGGGCUUCACCUGGACUCCAGUAACAAGACGUGUGAGGUGGUGGAAUACUGCAGCCAUCACCUGAAGUGCAGCCAGGUGUGUGAGCAGUACAAGACCACGGUGAAGUGCUCCUGUUAUCCAGGAUGGACGCUGGACCCAGACGGAGACAGCUGCCACAGCACAGACCCCUUUGAGGCUUUCAUCAUUUUCUCAAUCCGGCACGAGAUACGACGAAUAGACCUUCACAAGCGGGACUACAGCCUGCUGGUGCCGGGGCUAAGGAACACCAUUGCGCUAGACUUCCACUUUAAGCACAGCCUCCUUUACUGGACAGAUGUGGUGGAGGAUAAGAUCUACAGAGGAAAGCUCUCCGAGUCUGGCGGGGUGACAGGGAUUGAGGUGGUCGUGCAGCACGGUCUGGCCACCCCGGAGGGCCUGGCUGUGGACUGGAUUACGGACAAACUGUACUGGAUUGACAGCAAUCUGGACCAGAUUGAGGUGGCCAAGCUUAACGGAGAUAUGCGCACCACCCUGAUUGCCGGAGGCAUGGAGCAUCCACGGGCCAUCGCUCUCGACCCAGGGCAGGGGAUCCUCUUCUGGACUGACUGGGAUGCUACCUUCCCCCGAAUUGAGGCUGCAUCAAUGAGUGGAGGAGCUCGACACAUUGUGUUUAAGGAUAUGGAAAUCGGCGCCUGGCCUAAUGGACUGACUCUGGAUCAUUUGGAAAAGAGGAUUGUUUGGACAGAUGCACGCUCAGACGCCAUUUUCUCUGCACUCUAUGAUGGAAGUGGGGUCAUUGAGAUCCUCAGGGGCCAUGAAUACCUGUCCCACCCCUUUGCUGUGUCUCUUUUUGGAGGCAAUGUCUACUGGACGGACUGGAGGACGAACACUUUAGCGAAAGCCAAUAAGUGGACUGGACGAAAUGUCACAGUCAUCCAGAAGACGAGUGCUCAGCCUUUUGACUUGCAGAUCUUCCACCCCAGUAGGCAGCCACAAGCCUCGAACCCAUGUGAAGAGAAUGAUGGACGUGGUCCCUGUUCACAUCUGUGUCUCAUCAAUUACAACCGUGUUGCGUCCUGCACCUGUCCGCAUCUUAUGAAGCUUUCACCCAACAAACAAUCCUGCUUCGCUUUGAAAAGGUUCCUCCUGUAUGUGCGGCGGUCUGAAAUCCGUGGUGUGGACAUUGACAACCCUUAUAUGAAUGUCAUGACGCCGCUAACCGUGCCAGACAUUGACGAUGUCACAGUGGUAGACUAUGAUGCCCAGGAGGAGAGGAUCUACUGGGCUGACAUCAAAACCCAAACCAUUAAACGAGCCUUCAUCAAUGGCACCCAGCUAGAGACUAUCAUUUCUGCAGACAUAGUGAACUGCCGUGGUCUGGCUUUAGACUGGCUUUCCAGGAACUUAUACUGGCUCAGCUCCGAAAAUGACGAGUCGCAAAUCAAUGUGGCUCACUUUGAUGGCUCCCUGAAGACCUCCAUCAUCCACGGCAUUGAUAAGCCAAGGUGCCUUGUAGUGCACCCCGCCAAGGGAAAAAUCUAUUGGACAGAUGGCAACACCAUUAACAUGGCCAACAUGGAUGGGAGUAACAGCAAAGUCCUCCACCAGAAUCAGAGGGAUCCUGUAGGUCUCUCAAUAGACUACAGUGCCAACAAGCUGUACUGGAUAAGCUCGGCCAAUGGCACUAUCAACAGGUGCAAUCUGGACGGCAAUGGGCUGGAAGUGCUGGAGACUCUGAAGAGGGAGUUAGCCAAAGGCACAGCUCUGGCUGUGAUGGGCGGCAAACUCUGGUGGGCAGAUGAGGAAUCAGCACAGCUAGGAACAGUUACCAAGAGAGAUGGACGGAACCCUGUGAUCCUGAGAAACAAGACGAGCGGGUUGGUUCAUAUGAAAGUGUAUGACAGGGAGGGUCAGAAAGGAAGAAACCAGUGCCAGAUAAACAAUGGAGGAUGCUCACAGCUCUGCUUUCCCACUUCGGAAAACACCCGUAGCUGCUCCUGCACUGUUGGCUACAACUUGCGUAGCGACCGAAUGUCCUGCGAGGGAAAUGACACCGUUUACUGGACAGACAUGGGCCUGAACAGAAUAUCCCGCGCCAAACGUGAUCAGACGUGGAGGGAGGACAUCAUUACGACCGGCAUCAGCCGGGUGGAAGGCAUCGCUGUUGACUGGAUCGCUGUCAUCUUGGCAUGUGUCUACAGCAGUGUCAGCCUGAAAUCAGUGUGUUUGUGUGAUGCUGCUAUGCUCGCCAGGUAUCUUUUCUGGACUGAAUGGGGCCAGAACCCCUGUAUCGGUCGCUCCCGUCUGGACGGUUCAGACCAGGUUACCUUGGUCAACUCAGGCAUCAUGUGGCCCAAUGGAAUUUCCAUAGACUACGAGGAAAAUACAUUAUACUGGUGCGACGCCCGCACAGAUAAGAUCGAGAGGAUCAACCUUGAGACAGGUGAGAGCCGGGAGAUUGUACUGUCAGUGGCCAACGUAGACCUGUUCUCAGUGGCUGUGUUUGGGCCUUACAUCUACUGGUCUGACAGGGCUCACUCCAACGGUUCAAUCCGACGUGGCCUCAAGACUGACACCAGUGAGGCUGUGACCAUGAGGAGUGGUCUGGGGGUCAAUUUGAAGGAUGUGACAGUCUUUAAUAGAGGCAGAGAAAAAGGCACAAACCCCUGUGCCAGGAGCAAUGGAGGCUGCCAGCAGCUGUGCUUCCACCUGGGUAGUGGUCGCCGGACUUGCUCCUGCGCCCAUGGCCGCUUGGCAGAUGACGGCUUUGCCUGUGAGCGCUACGAAGGUUAUAUACUCUUCUCUGAGAGAUCCAUUCUAAAAAGCAUCCACCUUUCAGAUGAGAAUGACCUCAACUCACCUGUCCAGCCUUUUGAAAAUCCGGCUUUUUUCAAGAAUGUCAUUGCCCUGGCCUUUGACUUCAGUCAGAAGACAUCUCGGACCAACCGCAUCUUUUUUAGUGACGUCCAUUUCGGAAACAUCCAGAUGAUUAACGACGACUGGACGGGAAGAUCUAUUAUUGCAGAAAAUGUGGGCUCAGUGGAGGGCCUUGCCUACCACCGGGCCUGGGACACCUUGUACUGGACUAGCUCCACCACCUCCACCAUCACCAGACAAACUGUAGACCAGAAGCGAGUCGGCGCCUUCAGCCGUCAGCCCGUGGUCACUCUCUCGGAGGAAGAUCAUCCACAUGUCCUGGCCCUGGAUGAGUGUCAAAACCUGAUGUUUUGGACCAACUGGAAUGAGCAGAGACCCAGCAUCAUGAGAUCCACCUUAGCAGGCAAGAACAUGAGGAUUAUCAUCAGUUCUGACAUCCUGACGCCCAACGGACUGACUAUUGACCACAAAGCAGAGAAGCUCUACUUUUCAGAUGGAAGCCUUGGCAAAAUUGAGAGAUGUGACUACGAUGGUUCCAGCAGAUAUGUCAUAGUUAAAUCGGGAGCCGGAAACUUCUAUGGGCUCGCGAUCUAUGCAGAUUUCAUCUACUGGUCAGACUGGGCCCGCAGGUCUGUGCUGCGAUCAAACAAGUACACGGGCGGUGACACCAAGGUGCUUCGAGCAGACAUACCUCAUCAACCAAUGGGAAUCAUAGCUGUGGCCAGGGACACAAACAACUGUGAGCUGUCCCCAUGCCGACACAUGAACGGAGGCUGUGGUGACCUUUGUCUCCUGACCCCUGAUGGGAGGGUCAACUGCACUUGCCGUGGAGAACGUGUGAUGUUAAAUGACAACAGAUGCGUGUCAGAAAAUUCCUCCUGCAACAUCCACACUGAAUUUGAGUGUGGGAACGGCGAGUGCAUUAACUACCAGUUAACCUGUGACGGUGUAGCCCACUGCAAAGAUAAAUCGGACGAGAAGAUGCAGUACUGUGACAACAGGAGCUGUCGAAAAGGUUUCAGGCCCUGCUACAACCAACGGUGUGUGGCCAACAGUCGUUUCUGUGACAGGAUCGAUGACUGUGGGGAUAACUCUGAUGAAGCUUUCUGUAGCAAUGUCACGUGUGGCUCAUCCGAAUCCUCGUGCAAGGAUGGGAGCUGUGUACCCAGCUCAGCCUGGUGUAACCAGGUCAUUGACUGUGCCGAUGCCUCAGAUGAAAAAAGCUGCAACCACACCGACUGCUCUCACUUUUACAAGCUGGGGGUGCAAGAAAAGGAUUUCAUCAGCUGCAACUUCACCUCACUGUGCAUCCACCCAACAUGGAUCUGUGAUGGUGCAAACGACUGCGGAGACUAUACAGACGAGACCAACUGCCAGGUUUCCCAUGGGCAGAAGUGCGAGGAAGGCCACUUUGCUUGUCCAAGUGGGAACUGCAUCUCCAGCGUGUGGCUGUGCGACGGCCAAAAAGACUGCGAAGACGGAGCCGAUGAAUUCCAGUGUGACUCGUCAUGCUUGUGGAACCAGUUUGCCUGCUCAAAGAACAAGUGCAUUGCCAAACAAUGGCUGUGUGAUGGGGAGAACGACUGCGAGGACGGCCUUGAUGAGAGCGUGCAGAUCUGUGGCUCAGUGACAUGUGCUCCAGGGCUGUUCAGCUGCCCUGGGUCGUAUGCCUGUGUUCCGAAACGCUGGCUCUGCGAUGGUGAAAGGGACUGCCCUGAUGGGAGUGAUGAACUUUCUGCAGCUGGCUGUGCACCCAACAACACAUGUGACGACAGCUCGUUUCGCUGCCGCAACAAGGCAUGCAUCCCUCAGCGAUUCGUCUGCGACCAUGACGACGACUGUGCAGAUGGGUCUGAUGAGUCAGUGGAAUGUGUCUAUCGCUCCUGUGGAUCAGAUGAAUUUCGCUGCGGGGACGGCCGCUGUCUUCUCAGCUCUCAGUGGGAGUGUGACGGCUAUGCAGACUGUCCCGACCACUCUGACGAACUGCCUCUGAACCUCAAAUGUCUGGCCGCAGGAAGCUUGUGCAAUGGCUCCUUCUUCAUGUGCUCCAAUGGACGCUGCAUCUCUGAGGGGAAUCUCUGUGAUGGGAGAGAUGAUUGCGGAGACCGGUCAGAUGAGAGGAACUGUAAUUUAAACGAAUGCUUGAACCGCAGAGUCAGCGGGUGCACACAGGAAUGCCAGGAUCUUCCUGUGGGAUACAAGUGUAAAUGCUGGCCUGGUUUCCACCUAAAGGAUGAUGGGAAGACGUGUGUGGAUGUUGAUGAAUGCUCCGCCACCCUUCCUUGUAGCCAGCGCUGCAUCAACACUUAUGGCUCCUACAAGUGCCUGUGUGUGGAUGGCUACGAAGCCUUGGAGCGCAACCCCAAUACAUGCAAGGCUCUGUCAGCUGAAGAGCCUUUUCUCAUUAUGGCGGACCACCAUGAGAUCCGGAAGCUAAGUGUCGAUGGCUCAAAUUACACCAUCUUGAAACAGGGCCUCAACAACAUCAUCCACAUAGACUUUGACUACAAGAAGGAAUUUAUCUAUUGGGUGGACUCAACCAGGCCAAGUGGUCGAAAGAUCAACAGAAUGCGCUUCAAUGGGAGUGACCUCAAGGUAGUCCACAAAACAGCAGUGCCCAGCGCUUUAGCAGUGGAUUGGAUAGGAAAGAAUCUGUACUGGUGCGAUGCAGAAAGGAAAACACUGGAAGUGUCCAAAGCCAAUGGCCUCUACCCAACUGUCCUGAUCAGUUCUAGCCUCAAGAACCCCAUGGAUCUAGCUCUGGACCCCCAGACAGGGUACGUAUUCUGGGUAGACUGCUGUGACCCACCUCACAUUGGGCGUAUUGGCAUGGAUGGCCGAGGGCAAACGGUUAUCAUUAACACAGAGAUCUAUAGCCCCACUGCUCUCACUAUCGAUUACACCAACAAGAGGCUCUACUGGGCAGAUGACAACCACAUCCUGCUUGCCAACAUGGAUGGCACCCAAAGACGCAAAGUGUCCUAUGAUCACAUCCAAGGGGUAAUGGCUCUGACUUUGUUUGAGGACUUUGUCUAUUGGACGGAUGGCAAGUCCAAAUCACUACGACGUGCUCACAAGACAACUGGCGCUCAAGGGAUGGAGCUCCUCAACUCCUGGCAAGCCAUCAAAUCCAUCAAGGUCUACCACUCCCUGCGCCAGCCUGAAGUACCUAAGCACCAGUGUCAGAUUGCAAACGGAGGAUGCAGCCACCUGUGUCUUCUGUCUCCCGGUGGGGAACACAAAUGUGCCUGUCCCACAAAUUUUUACUUGGCUGCUGACAAUAAGACCUGCCUCUCCAACUGCACCUCCAGUCAGUUUCGCUGCGGGACAGAUGAGUGUAUCCCUUUCUGGUGGAAGUGUGACACGGUGGAUGACUGUGGGGAUGGAUCAGAUGAACCUACUGACUGCCCGGAAUUCAAAUGUCAGCCUGGGCGUUUUCAGUGUGGCACUGGCCUUUGUGCUCUUCCGCCAUUCAUCUGUGAUGGAGAGAACGACUGUGGUGAUAACUCGGAUGAAGCUAACUGUGAGACAUACAUCUGUCUAUCAGGCCAAUUCAAGUGCAACAGGAAACAGAAAUGCAUCCCUCUUAACCUGCGCUGCAACGGUCAGGACGACUGUGGAGAUGGAGAGGAUGAGACAGACUGCCCUGAAAGCACCUGCUCUCCAGACCAGUUCCAGUGCAAGGCCUCCAUGCAUUGCAUCUCCAAACUUUGGGUUUGUGAUGAGGACCCUGACUGCGCAGACGGGUCAGACGAGGCUAAUUGCGAUGAAAAGACCUGCGGACCUCAUGAAUUCCGCUGCGAGAAUAACAACUGCAUCCCAGACCACUGGAGGUGUGACAGCCAGAAUGACUGUGGAGACAACUCAGAUGAGAAGAACUGCAAGCCAGUCACCUGCAACCACAAGGACUUUGCCUGCGCUAACGGAGACUGCAUCUCCUCCCGAUUCCGCUGUGAUGGAGACUAUGACUGCCUGGAUAAUUCAGAUGAGAAAGGAUGUGAGGCACGCUGUGCAGUUGACCAGUUCCGGUGUCACAACAACCUCUGCAUCUCGCUCAAGUGGCUGUGUGAUGGCCAAGAAGACUGCAAGAUGGGGGAAGAUGAGAACAACUGCCAGGAAACAGCCCCUUCGUGUUCCGUCAACGAGUACGUAUGUGCCAGCGGAGGGUGUGUGUCAGCCAGCCUGCGGUGUGAUGGACAUGACAACUGUCUGGAUGGCUCAGAUGAGAUUGGCUGUGUAAAGGAGUGCAGAGAAGAUGAGUUUCUCUGCCUGAACCGUGCCCACUGCAUCCCUCGGCGCUGGCGCUGCGACGACGUGUUGGACUGCAUGGACCACAGUGAUGAGGAAAACUGCAGCCAGGGUGCUUUCUUCUGCCGGGCAGAUGAAUUUAUUUGCAACAACACUUUAUGCAAACUCCACACGUGGGUGUGUGAUGGCAAGGACGAUUGUGGAGAUAAUUCUGAUGAAGACAGAGACAUGUGUGCAAAACUUCCCUGCCCUCCUACAAGGCCCUUCCGUUGCAGAAAUGAUCACGUGUGUCUGCGCACAGACCAAGUCUGCAACAAAGUGGAUGACUGUGGUGACAACUCGGAUGAAGAAGAGUGUGCAGAGGUGGUGGCCGGAAGACCUCGGCCUUGUGGGAAGACGGAGUUCACCUGCAGUAACCAACGCUGCAUCCCAAUCCAGCUGCAGUGCGACCUCUUCAGCGACUGCGGCGAUGGCGGCUCGGACGAGCAAGACUGCAAGGCCUUUUCCAGUGGAGAUGUAUGUGGAAAGAAAACAAAUCCAUGUGGAGAGGAUGCCAUUUGCAACCAGACAAAUGCUAAUGCUAUAUGCCAGUGCAAACCUGGAUUUAAGAGGAACCAACAGACAGGCCUAUGUGAAGAGAUAAAUGAAUGCCUACAGUUUGACACAUGUCCUCAUUACUGCACAAACACUAAAGGGUCGUUUAAGUGCACAUGUGACCGGAAUUAUAAGGAGAUCAAUGGCAAUUGCAUAGCAAAAGGACCAGAAGAUCGAGUGCUCUACAUUGCUAAUGAUACUGAAAUCCGAAGUUUUGUGUAUCCAUUUAACCAGAGCCAUGGACACAUACUGCUCACACACAUCGAGGACAAUGCCCGCAUUAUCGGAAUGGAUGCUCUGUUUCACCACCAAAGGUUUAUCUGGGCUACCCAAUUUAACCCUGGUGGAAUUUUUUACAAAGACAAUCUAGAAAGAAGUCAAACUAAAACAAAUGUCAGAAACAUUUGUUCAGACUUCCGUCGACCCAGAGAUAUUUCUGCUGACUGGAUCACAGGCAACAUCUAUUGGACUGAUCACUCUCGGAUGCACUGGUUCAGCUAUUACACAGCCCACUGGACUAAAUUACGAUAUUCCAUAAAUGUGGGGCAACUUAAGGGACCAAAUUGCACCCGUUUGAUUACUGACAUAGCGGGAGAGCCAUACGCCAUCGCUGUCAACCCAGUCAGAGGGAUGAUGUACUGGAGCGUAAUAGGUGAUCACUCUCAUAUAGAGGAAUCUGCCAUGGAUGGCUCCUUACGCAGAGUGCUCUUGGAGAAAAAUCUCAGGAGACCCACCGGGCUGGCCAUUGAUUAUUUCAACCAGCGAUUAUACUGGGCAGAUCCUGAGCUCUCACAGAUAGGGAGCAUGAGACUGGAUGGCUCGGACCCUCUGGUGACAAUCAGUGACAGACACGGAAUUUCCCAACCAUAUAGAAUUGAUAUAUUUGAAGACUACAUCUACGGAACUGGACUGAAACACGAGGUCUUCAAGAUUCACAAGUAUGGGAAACAGUCGGUGGAAUUUUUCAAUUUGGGGAUGGAGAAGCCCACUAAUGUUUUGAUCUCCCAUCGUUACAAACAGCAAGAUGCAUCAAAUCCCUGCCUGAGAAUGACUUGUGAUUUCAUGUGUCUGCUCAACCCAGCGGGUGCCAGCUGUACCUGUCCAGAGGGGAAGGUACUAGUCAAUGGCACCUGUAGUGAUGCCAUUAUCUCAGGUGAACUGUGCCGUCCACCCUGCGAGAAUGGAGGCCGCUGCUUAGCCAAUGAAAAGGGAGACUGGAGGUGCUACUGCUGGCCUGACUUUUCAGGGGAGCGCUGUGAGGUCAACCACUGUACAGACUACUGCCUAAAUGGAGGCACCUGCAUGGGCUCACCUCUGGGUAAGUCUACAUGCCGCUGCCCUGUUGGCUUCUCAGGGCCUUUCUGUGAGAGGAGGAUUUGUGACAACUACUGUUUAAAUGGGGGAACAUGCGACGUCAAUCAGGGGAACCAGCCAGUGUGCCGCUGUAUGGCGGAAUAUACUGGGGACCGCUGUCUUUACCACAUCUGUCAUCACUACUGUGUGAACUCCAAGGCCUGCACGCUAUCCAGUAGCGGGUAUGUGGAGUGUGUGUGUCCUGCCAGGUUUGAGGGAAACAAGUGCGAGGUGGACAAGUGUCUUCGAUGUCACGGCGCUCCCUGCCUCAUUAACGAGGAGACAGGAGAUGUGGUUUGCAAUUGCACAAAUGGCAGAAUAGCACCGAGCUGUCAGCUGUGUGACGGAUAUUGCUACAAUGGAGGCACCUGUCACCUGGACCCUGACACCAACCUGCCUUUCUGUCAAUGUUCAGCCAACUGGGCAGGAACACAGUGUGAGAGACCCGCCCCUAAAAGCAGCAGAUCAGACAAUACCAGCGGGGGGAGCAUAGCCAUCAUUGUGCCUCUGGUCCUGCUGGUAAUCUUGAUUGUGAUGGUGGUAGCAGGUGUUUACAUCUGCAAACGGAGGCAAAGGGGAAAACGUGUCCAGAGACAGCCCAUGACAAACGGAGGGAUAAACGUGGAGAUUGGGAACCCGUCAUACAACAUGUAUGAAGUGGACCAUGACAACCAUGCUGAUGCAGGCAGCCUGCUGCGACCCAACUUCACGCUGGACCCUCACAAGGGCUGGUGUGUAAAAUCCAGUGACCCUCACACCUUAGGCAUCAAUUCUGUGCCCAAGGAGGUAAUCCCUGGACAGCCCAUGAACUACUCAAACCCAGUGUAUGCAAAGAUCUAUAUCGACGGACAAAACUGCCGAAAGCCAGUCAUCAGUAUUGACGAGAGGAGAGAGCUACUCCCAAAGAAACUAGAGGGGACAAUUCAUGAAACCGCCGCAUAGCCUAACUUUACACUUUGUACUUCUUUUUUACCACAAUGUACAAUGUAUAAUAUGAAGGAGGAAACAAGAAUUUUUCUAUUUCCUAUGAGGCUCUUAGGUUUUACCGGUUUAGCAUCAGCAUAAUGUCCUUGUUGGUGUGCUGAAGAGAUUUAUUUUCCAUUUACUGUUUGCUUUCUAAUGUUUGUCAAACAUAAGUUAUACAGCGAUAUACUGUAUACUCUUUGACACUGAAGUAAAGCUGCUGAUUUGCAAAAACAUUUAUUAACACCAUAAGCCACACUCGUGCACAGUUUAAACCUUAAAAUGCAGUGCUGAAAUUUGUACCCAUACCUGUUUCUAGUUUGAGUGUAACACGGACACUGUGUCGUUUUGUGAAGAUAACGAAGGCAGGUUGGCUCAAUUUUUCUGAACAAAUGUAAGUUUUGAAGAAAGGUGUUAAGAGGGUUGUUUCUAGCUUUUUUUCUUUCUUUGUUCACAUGUCAUAUGAUGUAUGGACCACAGAGCUUCACAAUUGAGCAGUGAAGCUUUAUAUUUUUUAGGUUUUGUCUAUUUUUUCUCUCCUCGGUACCUGACAGAUCUUCUGAUUGGAUUUCCAGUGGAGGCCAUACUAUCAACAUGAUCUUUUCACAAUAUGUAAUUCCAUAGGUCUUCUGUCUUUUCUAUUUCCGUGGAUAUCCACCUCCAUCCCCCCGGUUUCUACAGUGACAUACCACAUGAACUAAUCUUUUGGUGAAAGAGAUUGAAGCCCACCUUGAAUGUUCUCCGAUCAGAUUCCCAGAUCCUGUACUGUACACUGAAAAGACAGAUACUGAAUACCAUAUUUUUCUAGGUCUCAUAUAUCUACAGAUGGCUUAAAAUUGUAGACAAGGAAGAGAUUUACCACAGCUACAAAAAGGUGAAGAGUUAUAAAAACAUCUGUUACUUCAGAAAAGGAAGAUGAUAAUUAUAAGAAAUUUUAUAAUUUUGUAUUUGAUUUGUAUGUUGUUUGGCUGCUUGUAUUUUGAAGAAAUGUAUUAAAUGUAAGUAAUUUUUAUAUAAAAUGUAAAUCGAUAUUGAAUAAAGGGGGCUUAUUUCCA